AUGGGCCUCAAACAUCUUCGGGCACUUUCUCUAUUCCAGCCUUCCAACUUGGCCAAAGCAGUCGCCGAUACGAUGGAUGAGGAGGGCAACACCGUCAGCCACUUGUAUGGCUCGAUCAUGGCUCUCCCUCAUACUGUCGUGGCGCGAACAACAUCCGUUCUAGGUUUCGAUUUUAUCAUGUUGGAUGCUCUCCACACUGCCGUUGAUACCGAGAACCUCAUCCAACUUGUUCAGACAAUCAACCUAUCCAGUGAAGGAGAUACAGUUGCAGUUGUACGAGUCCCAUCGGAACACUCAGACUUGAUAACGCACGCGUUGGAUGCGGGCGCCGGGGGAAUUGUAUUCCCUCACAUCGAUACCGCCGAACAAGCCGCCGAAGCUGUUAAGAAAAGUCGAUAUGCGUCUUCCGGUGGCGAACGGUCUUUAUCUCCAUCUGCUCUACUUCAGGGCAUCACUGAUAUCGCCCCUCUGGGUAUGACGCAUACACAGGUUGCUGAUGCUCACAUUGCUGUGAUCUGUCAGAUUGAGAGCCAGACUGGCCUGGAUAAUGUGGAAGCGAUUGCUGCUACUCCCGGGGUUAAUGCGUUGAUGUUGGGACCUGGAGAUCUCCGACUAUCUCUUGGCCUGGCGCCAAAGAAAUUCAGCGAGCAAGACGACCCCAAAUUCCUUGUUGCAGUCGAUCGCUUGGUUGAAGUGUCUCGAAAAUACAGAAAGCCUUUGAUGACCGUGUCCUUUAAGGUAAACGCAGAGAAGGAUACGUGGAUUCGAAGUUUCGGUAUGCUUAUGACCAGUGCGGACAUUGUCAGUGUUCAGAAGGGUCACCAGGCAGAGUUAAAGAUAAUGAAACAAGCUAUAGGCAACCCUGUUUUUGAAACGGCAAUGAAAAGGCAAAUGGAAAGGUCAAUGGGCAUUCAAAUGGACACACUAAUGGACAUUCCAAGGGGUACUCCGAUGGAUACACCAAUGGAAAGUGAAACCAAGACAUAA